AUGCACUGGCCUGUUCCUUUGAACCCAAAUGGUAACCACCCAUUAUUCCCAACCUUGCCUAAUGGAAACCGUGAUAUUUCUCAAGACUGGGAUUUCAUUAAAACUUACAAUUUAAUGCAAAAAUUGUUAGACCUGGGUAAGACCAAGUCCAUCGGUGUUUCUAACUUCUCCAUCACUAACUUAAAGAAGUUGUUGGAUGCUCCUACCACAACUGUUAAGCCCGUUGUUAACCAAGUUGAAUUACAUCCAUACUUACCACAACACAAAUUAUUACAAUUUGCAAAGGAAAAUGACAUAGUUUUAGAAAGUUACAGUCCUUUAGGAUCGACCGAUUCUCCUCUUUUGAGUGACGAAGUAGUUGUCAAGAUCGCUGAAAAGAACAAGGUUUCUCCAGCUACUAUCUUGAUUUCCUGGGCUUUAUGGAGAGGUGCUGUUGUUUUACCAAAAUCUGUCAGUGCGCACAGAAUUGAAAGUAACUUCAAUGUUAUCGAUCUUCCAGAUGAAGAUGGUAAGGAAUUGGACAAUCUUCACAAAUUAAGAGGUAUUAGAAGAUUAGUCUUACCAAACUGGGCUCCAGUUGUUGUUUUCGAUAGUGAUGAGUAA